AUGGUUGUCGACACGGUCUACUACGAUGCGCUCGGCGUCCAGCCCACCGCGACCGGGAUCGAGAUCAAAAAGGCCUAUCGCAAGAUGGCUAUCAUCCACCACCCAGACAAGAACCCCAACGAUCCUACCGCUCACGAAAAGUUCCAGGCCAUCGGCGAAGCCUACCAGGUCCUGUCCGACAAGGACCUCCGCGCCGCCUAUGACAAGUUUGGCAAGGACCAUGCGAAGCCGCAAGAAGGCUUUGCCGACCCGGCCGAGUUUUUCUCGUCCAUUUUCGGCGGCGAGGCCUUUGUCGACUGGAUCGGUGAGAUCAGCCUGAUGAAAGACCUCACCGCCACCAUGGACAUUACUAUGCAAGAGGAGCAAGCUGCGGCCGAAGCGGCCGAAGCGGAGCAGGCCGCGGCCGCAGCCGAGGGUACCGGUAAGGACGAGGCCGACUUUCCCGGCACUGAGGAAGCUAUGAAGGAGUCUAUGAAGGAGUCUAUGAAGGAGCAAACACCAGGCGCCGCUCCCGCUACUACUGCUGCUGCCGCCGCCGUACCUCCCCCUACUAUCGUUGUUGAUGAAGAAAAAACUCCUGCGGCCGCUGCCCCUGGUGCAGUCCCCAAUGCAACCCCUCCUCCUCGCUCUCAAGCCACAUCACCGGCUCCCUCGACCGGCUCCCACAACCGCACACAAAUCCCGCUACGCCCCGCGCUGGCCGACAAGGCGCACGAUGACAGCGACGCGGCGGCUUCGCUCGCCGCUGAGGAUGCCAAGAAGGAUAAGAAGAAGUCGGGCCUGUCCAAGGAGCAGCGCGAGCAGCUGGCCGCCUUUGAAAAGGAGCGCGCGCGCGUCCGUCAGGAGCGUGUCGACAACCUGGUGCAGAAGCUGCAGGACCGCGUGAGCGUGUGGACCGAGACGGACAAGGGCGACGACGUGACCAAGGCCUUCCAGGAAAAGAUGCGCCUCGAGGUGGAGAACCUCAAGAUGGAGUCGUUUGGCAUUGACAUCCUGCACGCCAUCGGCCAGACGUACGUCGCCAAGGCCUCGGGCCUGCUGCGCAGCCAAAAAUUCCUCGGCUUCGGCGGCUUCUUCAGCCGCCUCCGUGACAAGGGCACGCUGGUCAAGGAGACGUGGAACACCAUCAGCAGCGCCAUCGAUGCCCAGCAGACCAUGGAGGACAUGGCCCGCAUGGAGGAAAAGGGCGGCGAGGACUGGACGGACGAGAAGCGCAGCGAGUACGAGCGCCGCGUGACCGGCAAGAUUCUCGCCGCCGCCUGGCGCGGCAGCAAGUGGGAGAUUCAGAGCGUCCUCCGCGAGGUCUGCGAUAGUCUCCUGAACGAUAAGAAGGUUCCCCUGUCCAAACGCCUGGAGCGUGCGCAAGCCUUGGUUCUCAUCGGCGACAUCUUCAACAGGGCUCAACGUUCCCCCGAGGAAGAAGGCGACUACCUCGUCUUCGAACAGCUCGUCCACGAGGCCGCCAAGAAGAAGGAAGACGAACACAAGCACAAGAAGGACAAGAAGACCAAGGAAAAGUCCCCCGCAGCAGCUGCUGCUGAGGACGUUCCCAACGUCCCCAAGGCAUAA